AUGGGGUGUAGGCUUCCAAAGUUGCGGAAAAACGACGAAACGCAAAGUCCUGGUAACAUCUACUCCACACUGAGAAGACCUCAAGUGGAGACUAAAGUUGGGGUGUCCUACACGUACCACUUCCUGGAUUUUCUCCUGGGGAAAGAAGAGGUGCCGGUGUCAUCCGUGCUGUGCCUGUCUUCCGUCCGGGAACUUCCCAUCCAGGUCAGGGAACUCUACGCUCAGGGUUUUGUCCUGGUCUCCGUCCACCCAUUCGUGCAUCCGUGCGGCCCUCGUCACGCCCAUAUUCAGAGGCAGCUCCACCGGGCCGUGUUGGUGCGGGAAACUCCGAGUUGGGAGAAAAACCAGGACAAGAGAUGGUGGAGACGAGGUUUGGAGACGGACGUGUGCGCGGCGGGUCAGCAGGCGGCUGACCCAGAGGUCAUUCAGAGCUACGUCAAGAGGAUCCAGGAUGUAUCAGAACAAGGCGUGAUGUUUGUGGGCUUCCUCCAACAACCAGGAGGGGCGCCCUUUUUCACCGCCAACUGGGACCAGGAUGAUUUAUCCUCCUUGCACUCUAGCCCCUCCCCCAUACAUCGGCAUCAACCCAGCGCUAAACCCAGUCCGACGGAUCCAUCAGAACUACGCCGUAACGACAGCAUCUCCUCUGAAGCUCCGCAGAUAGAUCACGAAAGCGUAGAAGACACUAAUGUUGACUAUUCACAAACCAACCAAGAAGGUUCUAAUGAGCGACUUCCGAAUUUACCCAGAGGGGAGCCUGAAGCAGCAAACCGGCGUGAAAGUCAGCAGCGUAGCCUGCCAGAACUUAGAGAAUCCCCAGAGAGGCACUCCCAUCUUUUAAGUCAGCGAAAUGGAUCAGGCCCAGACCUGACUUCGAAUAACAACCACAUUUGCCUGAAAAACACAGAGACGAAGAAGGUGGAACCUUUGGCGCCAGCACAGGCCCGACUCCAGCUGUUCGCCUUAUACAAUUCGACAGGAGAAGUCAACACGUCUUUGAGGUUCUACUCGCUCAGAGUGCCUUUACGGGUUCAAAAGGAGGCGGGGCUUGUUACAGAUGUCGAUGGGGAUUGGCUGGACCACAUGACUCAGCAUUUUACCAACGGAGCUCGUCUGAUUGACGGAUUUUUUCACCUCAAAGAUGAAAACGAAAAUGGCAUUUCAUCCGUAGACAGUGUGUUCAUUUUCCACAACUCGACAGAAGAGAACACGUGCACCUCCUAUGACGCCAUCGUGGUGGAACAGUGGACGGUCAUCAAUGGUGUGAUGGUGAAGGCGGACUAUGUCCCGCUGCUGCAAUCUUUGGCUCCUUACGGAUGGAGGCUCAUGUGCGUGUUGCCUACACCCAUUGUCAAAAGCAACAGUGACGGGAGUUUGUCGACUAAGCAAAUCCUUUUCCUACAGAGACCCGUUUUGCAACGCAAGAGAAAAGACUUCAAGAUGCUGAACCGCCGAGGUCGCCACAAGACAAAAAAGCACUCGUUUGGUGACAUGCUCGAGGAGGGCGAGGACAGGUCGCUCGUCACUGAGACGGAGAUGGCCAAGUUGAGACACAUAAAAGAGGAUGAACGGACGGAAGGAUGGCGCGACGAGGCCGAAGAGGACGCCAGGGAAAGGGAACUCUCUUUACACUCGGGCAGUCUGGCGUCUGUAGAAGAGGAGACCGAUAUUGAUGAUAUGCUAACAUCCAAGUCUGUGAGGUGGACAGACGUGUGUCAAAGAGACUGCGGAGGAGUCAAAGUCGAGGUAAAGACAGACGAGCGCAUUAAACAUCAACUCUUUUCUGGUGUCUGUUGA